AUGGGAGAUCAUCUGGACCUUCUCGUAGGAGUGGUGCUCGUGGCCAGCCCUGUGUUCGGGAUUUCCUCCUGUUCCUCAGAGGGUCGGAUAGCCGUAUAUCUUUUCUGCAACCUCACCCAGGUGCCCCAGGUCCUCAACACCACAGAGCGCCUCCUACUCAGCUUCAACUAUAUUAAGAGUGUCACCACCACCUCCUUUCCCUUCCUGGAGCAUCUGUGGUUGCUGGAGAUGGGGACUCAGUUUACCUCUUUGGCUAUUGACAAAGAAGCUUUCAGGAACCUGCCUAACCUUAGAAUCUUAGACCUGGGCCAUAGUCCGAUUGGUUUCCUGCACCCAGAUGCUUUUCAGGGACUGCCUCAUCUGUCUGAACUCAGGCUGUUCUCCUGUGGACUCUCUGAAGUUGUAUUAAAAGAUGGUUAUUUCAGAAACUUGGCAUCGCUGACCUACCUGGACCUCUCCAAGAAUCAGAUUCACAGCCUUGAACUUCAUCCUUCAUUCGGGGAGCUGAAUUCCCUACAGUCCCUAGAUCUUUCCCUCAACCACAUAUCGAGCGUCUGUGAGCAUGACCUUCAGCCCCUCCAGGGGAAGACACUCUCCCUGUUAAACUUGGCCUCUAAUAAUCUGUACAGCAGAAUCACCAUAGACUGGGGGGACUGUUUGAACCCAUUCAGAAACAUAGUCCUGGAGACCCUAGAUGUUUCUCACAAUGGCUGGGGUGUGGACUGCACCAGGAACUUCAACAAGGCCAUCAAUGGAAGCAAGAUAUCCUCUCUGGUGCUCCACCACCACAUUAUGGGCCCUGGGUUUGGCUUCCAUAAUUUGAAAGAUCCUGAUGAGGACACAUUUGCCGGCCUGGCCCAUAGCUCUGUGAUACUGCUGGACCUUUCAUACGGGUCUCUCUUUGCCUUGCACUCCCAGCUCUUUGUAGUUCUCAAGGAGUUAAAGGUUCUGAAUAUUGCCUUCAACAGGAUAAACCAGAUUGCAGAGAGGGCCUUCCAUGGCCUUGACAACCUCCAAGUUCUCAACAUGUCAAAUAACCUUCUGGGGGAACUGUAUAACUUUCAUUUCCAUGGCCUUCCCAAGGUCAGCUAUAUUGACCUGCAAAAUAAUCACAUUGGGAUCAUUCAAAGUCAAACGUUUGCAUUCCUGAACAAAUUGAAUACCUUGGAUCUCCGGGACAAUGCUCUUAAAACUAUGGAUUUUAUUACAAGCAUAGAUACCAUCUUCUUGGGAGGCAAUAAGUUGGUGACUUUACCCAACACCAUCAAAUUUACAGCCAGCUUUAUCCAAUUAUCUGAGAACAGGCUAGAGAAGUUGGCUGAUCUCUAUUACCUCCUGCAGAUCCCACACUUGCAGGUUCUCAUUUUAAAGCAGAAUCGCCUUUCUUCUUGUAACCAGCAUCCUUCCCCUUCUGAGAAUCUCAGCUUGGAAAAGCUUUUCCUUGGAGAAAAUAUGUUGCAACUGGCCUGGAGUACAGGGUCCUGCUGGAAUGUUUUUCAGGGACUUUCCCGGCUCCAAAUACUGUAUUUGAAUGACAACUACCUGAAUUUCCUUCCCCCGGGGGUAUUUAGUCAUUUGACUGCACUAAGGGGCCUCAGCCUCAGUUCGAACAGGUUGGUGACUCUUUCUCCUCUUGACUUCCCUCCUAGUUUAGAGAUCCUGGAUGUAUCUAGAAACCAUCUCCUGUCUCCUGACCCAGAGGUAUUUGCCACCCUUCAUUACGUAGACUUGACUCAUAACAAAUUCAGCUGUGAGUGCGAACUUAGCAACUUCCUCCAUUGGCUCAAUCAUACCAAUGUCUCUAUAUUUGGGUCUCCUGAAGAUAUGUACUGCUUGUUCCCCACAUCACUCUUAGGGGUUCCCCUCUACUCUAUUUCCACAGAGGACUGUGAUGAGGAGGAAGUCUUAAAGACCCUCAGGUUUUCCCUUUUUGUAUUAUUCACUGUCACUGUGACUCUCUUCCUCACAAGCAUCCUCAUCGUCACCAAGUUCCGGGGGGUUUGUUUUGUCUGUUCCAAGAGAAUCUGGAGACGGGUGUGCAGGGACCAGAUCCAGGGGAGGGAAUCCGACCAGUACAAAUACGACGCCUAUUUGUGCUUCAGUGGCAAAGACUUUGACUGGGUGCAGAAUGCUUUGCUCAGGCACCUGGAUGCCCAGUACGACCACCACAACAAAUUCAGCCUGUGCUUUGAAGAAAGAGACUUUGUUCCCGGGGAAAACCACAUUGCCAACAUCCAGGCUGCUGUGUGGAGCAGCCGCAAGGUCAUCUGUGUAGUGAGCAGACACUUCCUUCAGGAUGGGUGGUGCCUGGAAGCCUUCAUGCACGCCCAGAGCCGGUGCUCCUCGAACCUCACCAGCAGCCUCAUCGUGGUGGUGGUGGGGUCUCUGACCCAGUACCAGCUUAUGAAGCACCAGAGCAUCAGGGGAUUUGUAAAGACACAGCAGUACUUGAAAUGGCCUGACGAUCUCCAAGAUGUCGAGUGGUUUCUUCAUAAACUCUCUCAACACAUACAAAAGAAAGAAAAGGGAAGGAAGGGUGAAAAUGACAUUCCAUUGCAAACUGUGGUAACCACCCAUUAG